UACUACUACCAAUGGAUGAAACGAGACUUCUGUGAUGUCGCUGCAAAAGGAAUUAUGGCUUCUGGUCUCCUCAAUAAGUUCGCCAACAUCUCUUCUUCUUCCUCUCUUGUAUGUGCCUGUGUUUCAAAGCUUGCUGUUAGAUAUGCCCAAGAGUUGAAGGAAGUUGGUGCCAGGAGUUCUUUUUAGGUAUGCUUCACUGGUCCACCAAGCCCCAGCUGCUGUCAUUUUGUUAAAGGAUGUAAAUAUCUCUGUUAUAUGCUUUGGAUUUGAGGAACUCAGGAAAGGGGACAAAAAGAAAAAAAGAAAAAAAAAAACUUAACGUAUUCUCAAAAGCACCUCUUCUCGGUAAAAAAAGAGCAGGUUGAUAUGAGGGGUGGUGCAAUGGCUUCCCUUCGCUGCUGCUUUGCUCUUGUGAUGGUUCUUCUAUGUGGGAGCCAGCCAGCCGCCGCCGCCGCGUCCCAGCUCCAGGAUCGCCCCACCAUGGUGGCUCUCCAGAGAGAGCUCAUGGUGGUGGACUGGGACCCCAACAACCCAAGCUCCUACUGCUCCUGGUGCGGCGUCACCUGCGCCGGCCCGAACCAAACGGUGGAGGCGGUCGACCUCCCUCGCCACAACCUCCGAGGCAGCAUCUCCUCCAUCUCCGAGCUCUCGUCGUUGAAGCGGCUGGAUCUUUCGGGCAAUUCCUUUCAUGGGUCCAUUCCGUCUUCUUUUGGAAACUUAGCUAUGCUCGAGUUCCUUGAUCUGUCCAUGAACAAGUUUGAGAGUUGGAUUCCCUCUUCUUUAGGCCGCAUCAGAAACCUCAAAUCGUUAAAUCUUUCGAACAACUUCCUCUGGGGUGAAAUACCUGAUGAGUUGAAGAAGCUAGAGAGGCUGCAGGAGCUCCAGAUUUCUGGGAACAAUCUUAGUGGCUCCAUUCCUGCUUGGGUUGGCAGCCUGACUGAUCUGAGGGUCUUUUCGGCUUAUGAGAAUAAUUUGGUUGGUGUGAUUCCCGACAACCUGGGCUCGGUUUCUCAGCUGGAGGUGCUGAACCUCCACUCCAACCUGCUCGAAGGGGCGAUACCUGAGAGCGUUUUCAUGUCGGGGAAGCUGCAAGUUUUGGUGCUGACUGUGAACAGAUUGAACGGCAGCCUUCCGGCGUCGGUCGGGAACUGUAAAGGCCUCUCGAGUCUUCGAAUUGGAAAUAACAGGCUUGUUGGAAGCAUUCCUGCAUCAAUCGGCAACGUUAGCAGUCUCACAUACUUCGAAGCGGACAGCAAUCACCUCUCUGGAGAGAUUGUUCCGGAGUUUGCGCAAUGCUCCAACCUCACACUUCUGAAUUUAGCCUCCAAUGGCUUCACAGGGACCAUACCUGAGAAGCUAGGAGAGCUGAAGAACCUCCAAGAGUUCAUUGUCUCCGAUAACGGUCUCACGGGCGAGCUCCCCAAGUCCAUCCUCAGGUGCAGGAACCUCAGCAAGCUUGACCUGAGCUACAAUCGAUUCAAAGGAAGCCUGCCUGCGGACCUCUGCAACAUGUCGAGGUUGCAGUUCCUACUUCUGGAUCACAACUCUAUUAGUGGGGAGAUACCUCGGGGAAUUGGCAACUGCGCAAGGCUGCUCGAGCUGCAGAUGGGCAGAAACUACCUGACUGGUAACAUCCCACCUGAGAUUGGCAAGAUCAAGAACUUGCAGAUAGCUCUAAAUCUUAGCUUCAAUCAUCUGAGGGGGCCGCUGCCUCAGGAGCUGGGAAGGCUCGACAAGCUGGUUUCCUUGGAUGUCUCCAACAAUCAACUGUCUGGAGACAUUCCAUCAGAACUCAAAGGCAUGCUGAGUUUGAUAGAAGUCAACUUCUCAGACAAUCAACUCACUGGCCAAAUACCAAUCUUCGGUCCAUUUCAGAAGAGCCCUCGUUCGAGUUUCUCGGGAAAUAAGGACCUAUGUGGCGAUCCAUUGGAUUUUAAUUGUGGGGAUUAUUCCAGUUCGGUUGCUGGUUACGACGACCACCGCAAGGUGUCCUACAAGAUCAUAUUAGCUGUUGUUGGAUCUGGUUUGAGUGUUUUCACUACGGUAUCGGUAGUUGCCAGCUUGUUUAUGCUGAGGGAGAAACAAGAGAUGGAUGGCAAGGAUACCAUGGUUGCAGGGGAAGUAGUUGUGACUCCUCCACACAUAACUGCUGGGAAUGUCUUCAUCGAGAGCUUGAAGCAAGCCAUUGAUUUCGACGGUGCUGUCAAAGCAACGUUGAAGAAUUCGAAUAAAGUGAGCAAUGGGACAUUUAGUACCACCUAUAAGGUAGCUAUGCCAUCAGGACUUGUUCUUUCAGUAAAGAAGUUGAAAUCUGUCGAUAGAACAGUUGUUCACCACCAGAAUAAAAUGAUAAGAGAGCUUGAAAGGCUUGGAAAUCUUUGCCAUGCAAAUCUGAUGAGGCCCAUCGGUUAUGCGAUCUACGAGGACGUUGCUCUUUUGCUUCACCACUACAUGCCUAAUGGAACACUGGCACAACUCCUUCGCAACAAGAUCGGCACUGAAUUCGAGCCCGAUUGGCCGAGAAGGCUGUCCAUUGCUAUUGGAGUUGCCGAAGGAUUAGCUUAUCUUCACCACAUUGCCAUCAUCCAUUUGGAUAUAUCAUCUGGCAACAUUUUUCUUGAUGCCAAUUUCAAUGCUCUCAUUGGGGAGAUAGAGAUAUCCAAGCUCUUGGAUCCAUCAAAAGGACCUGCAAGCAUCAGUGCAGUGGCUGGCUCCUUUGGUUAUAUUCCUCCCGAAUAUGCAUACACAAUGAGAGUUACAGUGCCAGGGAACGUCUACAGCUUUGGAGUCGUGUUACUUGAGAUCGUAACGUCGCGAUUGCCGGUCGAUGAGGUCUUUGGAGAAGGGAUGGAUCUGGUGAAAUGGGUCCAUAAUGCAUCAGGAAGGGGUGAAUUCCUGGAACAGAUGAUGGACGCAAGGCUAAGUGCUGUCACAUUUGCUUGGAGGAAACAAAUGGUAGCAGUUUUGAAGGUUGCGAUGCUCUGCACCGAGGAUACACCGGCGAAGCGGCCUAAGAUGAAGCAAGUAGUGGAGAUGCUUCUUGAAGCGAAGGAAGAUCAAAUGUAGGAUUUUUUCGGGAACUCCCUCCAGUGCUUCAUGUGAGAUUUAGAAUGUGAUUGGUACAAAGGGCUCGAGCACUUCAGAUUUGGAGCUUCUGCUAUGAUUUCAUUGCUUAUGGUUAUUAGGCUUAUAAUGCAAGCUCCAUCAUGGUCGCCUUGAGCAACAGCAGCGGUUCAUUGGAGUCUUUCCAGCUGCCACCCGGCCACCGUUUAUAGGCUUGAGCGUUGGGUUGAUGUGGAUUUUGGAUAUUGGAGGUUGCUGCUUUUGAACCAUUAGGUUGGUAUGUUAAUUAAGUCUAAGGCUGUAAUCAUCUUUAUGUUAAAGCUUUUGCCAGUCA